AUGGCGGUCUCCUCAGGAGUUAAAGUUCCUCAUAAUUUUCACUUGUUGGAAGAACUUGAAGAAGGACAGAAAGGAGUAGGUGAUGGUACAGUUAGCUGGGGCCUUGAAGAUGAUGAAGACGUGACACUUACAAGGUGGACAGGCAUGAUUAUUGGGCCAUCAAGGACAAACUCUGAAAACAGAAUAUAUAGUAUAUUAGCAAAAUGGCAAAAUUCCUAUCACAUUAAAGUUGUGCUUCAAGAGCUAAGAUGUCUUAUGAUGUCCAAAGAAAAUAUGAAGCUUCCACAGCCAUCAGAAGGACAGACGUACAACUAA